AUGGUUUCUGGCCAGCUGCCGCCAGGGGACGUAACAAAGCGAUUGAAAGACAUUGAGUCGAAAUUCUUGCCGACUGCAGAGCAGGAAAAGACGGAACAGACGGGGAACAACGUGCUAGAGAUUUACGAGGGCGAGCCUGACGGAGCCGAGCAAUCGGAGGAGCUGCACCGGCUGUUACGGAGGAGCUGUGUCGAGAUGGCGAUGAAUCGCGUGGACGGGGACGACGAGUUGUUCGUAGGCGGCAUCUGGGCCCUGCGCCGUCCGUCGGCUCUCAAGGAGCGCAACAUUACGCACAUCCUCUCGGUUGUGCGCUUCGACCCGGCCGGCCUCAAGAGCGAGACCGACACGUGGGAGAACUACGGCAAGAGCUUCAAGCACAUGGUCAUUGACGUCGACGACGUCGACGACGCCGACAUCCUCGUCCACCUGCCCAAGGCCGUGCGCUUCAUCGACAAGGCGCUGUACCCGCAGAACUAUGUUGACGAUGAAAAGGACGCCGGCGGCCCGGGGGAGGAGGCGAAGAAGGAGAGCUUUGAGGAGAAGGCAAAGCGGUUAAGGGCGGCUGUGGAGCAGGACGAGGAGGCCUCGUCGGAGUCCGAAUCCGAGGCCAUGGCGGCUGCACCGACGGACCCGGACGCCAUCACCCCAGCACCCCUAUUCAAAAACCUGAACCUCCAUUCCGACGGCGAGAAGCCUGACCCCAGCUCCCCCGGUGCCGUGUACGUCCACUGCGCCAUGGGCAAGUCCCGCUCCGUCACGGCCGUUGUCGCCUACCUCCUCUGGAAGUACCCCUCGCGCUUCGGUCGCUCCUCCACCUCCACCGCCGCAGCGCAAAAGGCCUCGAAGCCCGAGGACGCCGCCGCGGCAGCAGAGCGCGCCUCGGCCGCCGUCGCCGCGGCUGUGAAAUGGGUCCGCAACACGCGCGAGAUCGCCGAGCCGAACCCGGGCUUCAUCCAGCAGCUCGAGAUGUGGUGGACCAUGGGCUGCCCGGACGACGUGGAGUCACACCCGGUCUACCAGCGCUGGGACUUCCGCCGCGAAAUCGACGAGAGCCUCGCGGCGGGGCAGGCGCCGAGCCGGCUACGCUUCGAGGACGAGGAGACGAGCAAGGAGGAGGCGGCGGAGGCCAAGGGGAAGGAGAUGCGGUGUAAGAUGUGCCGCAAGACGCUGGCGACGCCGCGGUUCGUGUUGGAGCACGAACAGGAUGCGCAGGGCAAGGCGAGGGGCCAGGCCUGCGGGCAUGUCUUCGUGGAGCCGUUGAGCUGGAUGAGGGACGAGCUGGAGAAGGGUGCGCUGGAGGGGCGGCUGUGCUGUCCGAAUGGCAAGUGCGGCGCGGCCGUUGGGCGGUAUAGCUGGCGGGGGUUCCGGUGUAGUUGUGGUGGGUGGGUUACGCCGGGGUUCAGUCUGCAGAAGGGGCGGGUCGAUGAGGUGGCCGUGAGGGCGCCAGGGGCUGCUGCAUCCGCGGCCGGAAUGGCGUCCUUGGGCAUCCGGAUGCCUCCCGGGGCCGGGAGACUGUGA